CCAGAGAUUGAGUGCCAAUCUCUCUGCAGCUCUGGCAAAGGCGGGGUCGGAUUGGGUUUUCUUUUUGCUCAACAGUCUGGUGCUGUUGGAGACAAACCAACUAUAAAACCAACGCUCAAGAGGGACACCGACUUCUUUGCCAACAGUGUCGAGAAGUGCCGGAAAUCCCAUCUCUACGACCGCUUCAGACAAUCGACUGCUCGCUGUUGUCGGCCACCACUGAACCACCGAUUCUCCACAUUCACCACUGAAUGCCCCAUCAAAACAUCACUUCUGAAGAUUUGCAGUGAAAACAGUUUAUUCUCGCUUAUUAAUCAUUGUAUUGCCAGUCAUUUAAGCAAAAGCACACAAAACUUUGAUCAAAAUAUAUCCAAUACUCAGCACAAGACAGGUCUUCAAAACACAAUUCUUGAUGAAGAAGAGAACUUAGAGGUAGCCCUCAAAAAGUUUAUCGAAGCCUGGGAUCGAUCGCACGGCACUACCCAUACCAACACCAACACUCAUCACGACAUUGAUAGAUAUCAUCGCAACCAUCACAACAACUCCAUCACUAAUAAUGAGCUAAUUAUAACAUCACAGCAUUUGGCCGCUAACAACAGCACCUCCACACCUGAGCAGCGAUUGUCGUCACAGACCGGUGACAAUCAGUUGCAGUCAGACUCACCCGACUCUGACUCGCCAUUCAUGCCCCCAAUUUGGUCCAGAUCCCUGAGAAACAGCGCCCAAACCUCCCAUACCUCCGACACUUCCCUUUCGAGUAACGCACACAAGAGCAGCAACGAAGAGGACGAGCAGUUGGAGGACCUGACAGUGGACGAGGAGUUCAGUUCUCACAACUGCACCCGUUGUGUACUGCAUGAGGAAGCGAAAAGUCGACGCCUGGAGACCAUUAAAGUUAAUAUACUUAAUAAAUUAGGGCUCAAAGUUGCGCCUAAUAUCACAGGCAAAUCAUUGCCUCGUAUACCACCUCUGCAUCACUUAUUAGAUCGAUAUAAUAUGUUGGGAGACGACCCCCGAGUGUCUGGCCCUCAGCUGCUCAACAGCUUUAUUGAAGACAACGAUCACACCAUCGAUAAGGAAGAAGAAGAUUUGGAAGAGUUCUUUGUAAACGCCGAGCGCUCCAUCAGUUUUGCACAAAAACCUCCGAAUACACUGAAUAUACCGCCAGAAGUGAAGUGUCAAUACUUUAAAUUCCCGUCAAAUGUACUCAACUCUCACGUAACUAAAGCGCAUCUCUGGGUGUUUGUUAAACCAACAAACCAUUUGCAGGACACCAAUGCCUGGAUUGUCAUCUACCAGAUUGUCAAACCGGAGACCGGCAAUGAUUCGCCCACACUUUUACAUGUUAGGGCCAAGAAAAUCGACGUGAGCUCUAAGAAAGGAGUUUGGGUUCAAAUAGAACUUAAAAAAUUGGUUUCCCAGUGGUUCAGACAUCCCAAUGAAAAUUUGGGACUCGCUAUACAUUCAUACGAUAAGGACGGCAAAGAGUUGGCUGUGAUUGAGGUUAACACUAAUGAAGACAAUUCACUGUUGCCAUUCAUUGAAGUGAAAGUUGAGUCGAAAGCUGCGAAUAGGAAGAGACGAAUGGUUGGUCUGAAUUGCGAGGAGAACUCCAAUGAAGUCCGUUGUUGUCGAUACCCAUUGACUGUUGAUUUUGAAGAGUUUGGCUGGGAUUGGAUUAUAGCACCGAAACGUUAUGAAGCAAAUUAUUGUAGCGGCGAAUGUCCCUAUGUUUUCCUCCAGAAGUACCCGCACACACAUCUCGUACAACAGGCCAACCCCUCUGGUUCUGCCGGUCCCUGUUGUUCACCGCGAAAGAUGUCCGCGAUUUCUAUGUUAUACUUCGAUGACAACUAUAAUAUAAUUUAUGGUAUGUUACCAGGGAUGGUAGUCGACCGGUGCGGCUGUUCUUAAAUAUUUUCUCAAAAUUUAUAUACGAAAUAAAUUUUAGUUGUUUUAAAAUACUAUUUCUAUUUUAAAUACCGUAUAACAAAGC